AUGCGGGCGGGCCGCGGCGCGGCGGGCGGGGAGGCAGCGGCCGAGGAGGAGGCGGCCGAUGGGGCCAAGCGCGGCGGGGCGGCGGCGACGGCGGGGCGGGCGCGGGGCCGCGGAGGAAAGGGGUCCCCGAACGGCGAGUGCCGUCGCGGGGAACCGCCGCGCAGCCCCGGCCCGGAGCCGCCCCGCGAGCCCAAGGUCUCCUUCUCCUGCGGCGGCGGCGGCGCAUCCCCCGGUGGGGCCAAGGCGGCCGAGGAGGGGACGAGCGAGGAUGCGGCCGAGGAGGUCCGCGGGAGCCAGGCCAGCUUCAUGCAGCGGCAGUUCGGGGCGAUGCUCCAGCCCGGCGUCAACAAGUUCUCGCUGCGGAUGUUCGGCUCGCAGAAGGCGGUGGAGCGGGAGCAGGAGCGCGUCAAGUCGGCGGGGGCUUGGAUCAUCCAUCCCUACAGCGACUUCAGAUUUUACUGGGACUUCACGAUGCUGCUCUUCAUGGUUGGCAACCUGAUCAUCAUUCCUGUGGGCAUCACCUUCUUCAAGGAGGAGACCACGGCCCCCUGGAUCGUGUUCAACGUGGUCUCUGACACCUUCUUCCUGAUGGACCUGGUGCUGAACUUCCGGACAGGGAUUGUCAUUGAGGACAACACAGAAAUCAUCCUGGACCCCGAGAAGAUCAAGAAGAAGUACCUCAAGACCUGGUUUGUGGUGGACUUUGUUUCCUCCAUCCCUGUGGACUACGUUUUCCUUAUUGUGGAGAAGGGCAUAGACUCAGAGGUCUAUAAGACAGCCCGUGCCCUCCGCAUCGUCCGAUUCACCAAGAUCCUCAGCCUCCUGCGCCUCCUGCGCCUCUCCCGGCUCAUCCGCUACAUCCACCAGUGGGAGGAGAUCUUCCACAUGACCUAUGACCUGGCCAGCGCUGUGAUGAGGAUCAUCAACCUCAUCGGGAUGAUGCUGCUGCUGUGCCACUGGGAUGGCUGCCUCCAGUUCCUGGUGCCCAUGCUGCAGGAUUUCCCCCAGAACUGCUGGGUCUCCAUCAAUGGGAUGGUGAAUGACUCCUGGAGUGAGCUGUACUCCUUCGCCCUCUUCAAGUCCAUGAGCCACAUGCUCUGCAUCGGCUACGGGAAGCAGGCGCCCGAGAGCAUGACGGACAUCUGGCUGACCAUGCUGAGCAUGAUCGUGGGGGCCACCUGCUACGCCAUGUUCAUCGGCCAUGCCACUGCCCUCAUCCAGUCUCUGGAUUCCUCCCGGCGCCAGUACCAGGAGAAGUACAAGCAGGUGGAGCAGUACAUGUCCUUCCACAAGCUGCCUGCUGACUUCCGCCAGAAGAUCCACGACUACUACGAGCAUCGGUACCAGGGCAAGAUGUUUGAUGAAGACAGCAUCCUGGGGGAGCUCAACGAGCCCCUCCGUGAGGAAAUUGUGAACUUCAACUGCCGCAAGCUGGUGGCCUCGAUGCCGCUCUUUGCCAACGCCGACCCCAACUUUGUCACGGCGAUGCUCACCAAGCUGAAGUUUGAGGUGUUCCAGCCGGGUGACUACAUUAUCCGAGAGGGCACCAUCGGCAAGAAGAUGUACUUCAUCCAGCACGGGGUGGUCAGCAUCCUCACCAAGGGCAACAAAGAGAUGAAACUCUCUGACGGUUCCUACUUUGGGGAGAUCUGCUUGCUGACCCGUGGCCGGCGCACGGCCAGUGUCCGUGCAGAUACCUACUGCCGCCUCUACUCACUCUCAGUGGACAACUUCAACGAGGUGCUGGAGGAGUACCCCAUGAUGAGACGGGCCUUUGAGACUGUGGCCAUCGACCGUCUCGACCGCAUCGGGAAGAAGAACUCAAUCCUGCUCCACAAAGUGCAGCAUGACCUCAACUCAGGUGUCUUCAACAACCAGGAGAACGAGAUCAUCCAGGAGAUCGUCAAAUACGACCGGGAGAUGGUGCAGCAGGCGGAGCUGCAGCAGCACACGGCCAUGUACAGCCCCGUCCAGCCCCAGGUCACCUCUGCCAUCGCCACCCUCCAGCAAGCCGUCGCCAUGAGCUUCUGCCCGCAGAUGGCCAGCCCGCUGGUGGGCUCCAUGGCGCUGGGCUCGCCCCGCAUGAUGCGCCGCUUGCAGUACGCCCAGGCCGUGCCCAGCCCUUUCGCCGUGUCCCCCGUCCUGCUGCAGCAGAGCCCCCCGCCGCAGCCGCAGCCGCAGCCCCCGGUGCCCCACGCCAACCCCUCGCCCUCGCAGGACCCGGCGCAGCCCGCGGCCCUGCCCGCCUCCACCAGCGCCUUCGCCGCGGCCGCGGCCAGCCCCCCAUCCCAAAGCCCGCUGGCCAGCCGGACGUUCGCCUACGCAGGUGCCCCAGGGCCGCUGGGCUCCCAGCUGUCCCUCGGCCAGCAGCCAGUGCCCAGCUCGCCCCAGCGCCUGGCCGCCCACAAGAGCACACAGGCGCUGCACACCAGCAGCCUCAGCCAGGAUUCGCGGCCCCUCUCGGCCUCGCAGCCCUCGCUGCCCCACGGGCUGGCGGCCGGCAGCACCCAGAGCCCCCCGGCCUCCGCCCGCGAGUCCAGCACCUCCAUCGGAGGGGGCCAGGCCGCCGCCUCGCCGGGCCCUGGUCCUCCGGCCGGGCUGCGGGGCCAGGCACCCUCGCGGGGGGCCCCGGCCCACCCGGCGCCCACAGGCUCGGGGCUGACACCGCCGCCCGCCCUGCCUCAGGACUCGGCGGCGGCCCGCAAGGAUUCGGCGUCCAGCACGCCCGACACGGACCCGGCCAAGUCCAGGCUGUCUUCCAACUUGUGA